CGACGACGCAUUAUUGAUUCGUUAAUUAUUUGUCGGAGAAAACCUUGAAUUUUCGUUUGCGUUUUGAAAUUCAAUAUGAUUGCAUGUUGUUUGCUGGAAUUCAGAAAUUGGUUCUCUGAGUUUUCUGGCUCCAAAUUUCCAAGUGAUCAUCGGGACUUCGAAGGCGUUUACCGUUCAUCCUUGGUGAUGCAGUGCUGCGAGGUGCCCCCACCCGAAGAGAAAGAUGUGAUCGUCCAUCAAGUGAUUGCGGAACCAACCACUGAGGGCGGGAAGGAGUCUCAAGUGGUCCCCAUUGUUGAGGUGCCUGACAAUAAGGCUACAACUGAAGAGAUAGAGUAUGAAGACCCGGUGCAAGAGGCAGGUGCACAAGAGCUGGUCACCCAACCUGUUGCCCCACAAGCUUCCUUCUGCAAGCUCUUUUCCCAGAUGGAUUGCGUAGAGCUGCUGGUCUUGACGGUGGGUCUCAUUUGUGCGAUGUGCCACGGAGUAGCGCAAGCACUUUUGGUCAUUAUCUUCGGUGACCUCAUUGACGCCCUUGGUGGAAGCCCGGAUGAAGUUCAACGGGAAACGGAACGGCUUUGUCUGCUGAUGUGCGCCGUGGGUGGGGGUGCCCUGGUGGCUGCCACGCUGCAAGGGGCCUCCUUCAAGAUCUUGUCUGACUCCCAAACGAUGAAAUAUCGUGUGAUGUACUUCCAGGAUGUACUUCACCAGGAUGUCAGCUGGUUUGACACAAAAGAAGUGUCGGCCCUGUCGGCGGAGAUCCAAGACGACUUGGCCAAGAUUCAAGAGGCUUUUGGAGACAAGUUCGGCAACGGGGUGAUGGCACUUUCGGCCUUCUUGGGAGGCUUUGCGUGUGCGUUUGGGCUUGGCUGGCUCUUGGCCCUCAUCUUGUGCGCAGUGCUUCCUUUCAUGGCCCUUGGCACCUAUUUUGUAGGCAAGGCAGUGGCGCAGGUUCAGAUGGAGUCCCAAGGCUGGUACGGCAAAGCAGCUUCCGUGGUGGAAGAGUGCCUCCAUGGCAUGCGCACCGUUGUGGCCUUCGGCGGUGAACAGAAAGAGCUCGAGAAGUUCUCCCAUGCCGUCGCCCAAACACGCAAGGGAGGCGUGCGGAACGGCUUGCGGAUCGGCUUUGGGACCGGCUACUCUUGGUUUGUGGAGUAUUCCAACUAUGCCUUGGCCUUCUAUGCGGGACUGAACUUCGCCUACAAUGGGGACAUCAACCCCGCCACUGGUGAGACCUGGAGAACGGGCGAUAUCAUGUCGAUUUUCUUGUGCAUUUUCAUUGGCAGCUUCAUGUUGGGACAAAUCGACCCCAGCAUCAAGGCCUUCCAAGCAGCUCAGAUGGCUGCAGGUCGCUUCUUCCAAGUCCAUGAUGCAAAGCCUGCCAUUCAGAGAAGAGAUGAGGAUGAGAGGCAAGAGUUGAGCAGCAUCGAGAACUUUGCAUUUGAUCAAGUGCACUUCCACUACCCGGCUCGGCCCAGCGUGAAGAUCUUGAACGGAGUGUCUUUGACGAUCCAGCGGGGUCAGAAAGUGGCCUUUGUGGGGGAGUCGGGCUCCGGAAAGAGCACCAUCAUGGCCCUAUUGGAACGCUUCUACGACCCAAGCUCAGGCAUGGUCUCUGUCGAUGGGCAGGACAUGCGGAAGUUCAAGAUCAGCUCCUUAAGACGAUGUAUUGGCUAUGUGGGGCAGGAGCCGGUGCUGUUCUCCCAAUCGAUUCGGGCGAACAUCAUGCAAGGGAAUCCGGAGGCCAGCAAGGAACAGUUUCAACAAGCCUGUGCCGAUGCACAGCUGGGCUUUGUCGAGAACUUACCGGAGAAGUACAAUACCUUUGUGGGAGCUGGCGGUGGACAGCUCUCGGGUGGGCAGAAGCAGCGCAUCGCCUUGGCCCGAGCCUUGCUGAAGGAGGCGUCCUUCCUCUUCUUGGAUGAGGCCACGAGUGCAUUGGACAAUACCUCUGAGAAGAUGAUCCAGCAGACCAUCGACAGCAUCAGCAGCAAGGGCGAAGGUACCCGUCGCUUGGGUAUCGUGAGCAUUGCCCACCGCUUGAGCACCAUCCGGAACUCUGACCUGAUCUAUGUCUUGAGCAGGGGCGAGGUGGUCGAACAGGGCAAUCACGAAAGUCUGAUGGACCGCAAGGGCGUCUACUACGCACUGGUUGCCGCGCAAGAAUCCUCAGAGAAGGUAGGCGAGGAGGAUGAGCCGGAUAUCCCACACCAGCCAACAGUGGCUUUGAUGAGGGCGCAUUCUGGGGAGAGUGAUGAAUCUGAACUGGCUCGCAAGGAGCGGGAGAAGAAGGAGGAAGAGGACCGUCAGAAGAGUAUUAAUGACAACUACAAGGUGCCUAUGUCUCGGCUCAUGAGUUACAACAAGCCGGAAUGGCCUUUCUUCGUGCCUGCCAUCCUUGGAGCCUUGAUCGAAGGUGCUGCCAUGCCGGUGUGUGCCGUUGCCUUGGUGGGAUCCAUGGAUGCCUUCUUCAAGCUUCAAGUGCCGGCAACCAGAGAGGAGGCACGAGAAGAAAUCCUCUUCCUGUGCUUGGUCUUUCUGAUCAUUGCGGUCUCUGUCCUGGUGGGUUGUGUCAUCGAGCAUGGAAGCUUUGCUCUUCUGGCCGAGUCCAUGACCUGCCGGCUUCGAGUGGCCAUCUUGAAGGCGAUCUUUCGACAAGAGAUUGGCUUCCACGACGAUCCAGAAAACACACCAGGCAUGAUGUCCAAAGCCUUGGAGAUCUGGGCCUUCCGUGUGAGCACGCUGUGCAAGUCCAUUGGCGCCAAAGCGGCGGCCCUGAGCUCCGUCUUGGUGGGUCUCAUCAUCGCCUUCGUCUACUGCUGGCAGAUGGCUUUGGUGAUGCUGGGCACCGUGCCCAUCAUGGUCGCCGCCAACGCCGUGCAGAUGUUGGUCAUGCUGGGCGCUUCCAAGGUGGACAAUGAAGGGAUCAAACAUGCAGCACAGAUCGUGAGCGAUUCCGUCAUGAAUGCUCGCACGGUUCAAGCCUUGAAUGUGGAGAGGAAUUUAGUGCAGAUGUAUGCGACGUUGGUGGGGAAAUCGACUGAAGGCAUGUGGAAGCGUAACUUCUUGGCCGGGCUUGGCUUUGGCAUUGCAUCUGGAGUCAUGUUCUUUGUCAUUGCUGGAGGCUUCUAUUACGCUUCCGUCCUCCGAAGGGAGGGUGUCGCCACCUUCAGUGAUACGAUGAUGGCCUUCAUGGGUGUCUUCUAUGCUGGCUUGGGUGCUGGGCAGUCGGCAGUUUUCAUAGGUGAUGCAGCGAAGGCCAAGGUGGCUUGCCAUGACAUGUUCAAGCUGUUGGACCGUGCCUCCAAGAUUGACGGCAUGGAGCCCAAGGGAGAAGUGCCCAGUGGGCCAACUGCCUUGGAGGCUGGCACCAUCGAGUUUGAUCAGGAGCCCACUUGCAAGAGAAAGUUGCUCCAAGAUGCAAGUGCAGUGCUUGCGGUCGAAGAUCGCCAAGCAGAAGCUCGCAAAGAUGCACAAGUUUUUGCCACCUAGGCUCUGAAUUUGUGUGAGCACGUUCAUGGCAAACCGGCAUACGGAGACAGCAUACUCUAGAGCGACCAGGCGAUCUCGCAUGCCCUCUGUGCUUACCAGCAGCACAACAACCAGAAAGGAGCCCGAUGCUCGCCUGCCACGGUGGUGCGGGAGGGGGCUGAGUCUUCUGUAUGCAGUGGCUGCGUGGCCGCUGGCAAGCCAUGCCUGUUUUCCUGAACCACGGCAAAUCUUUGCAAGCUGUCGCCAUCAAUUGUCAGAAGAUAUGUGUUUCAGCAUUCGGAGAUUGAAGUGUACGUGUUCUUGCCAUUGCCCAUUCAAGCGUUUGUGCUCAGUCUUUGGAGCGGUGGAAGCGGCAUCUCAAGACGCAAGGCAGUUGCUGUGGGAAGCGGCGUGUACCAGAAGCCCGUUUCUGCUUGUGUUGUGGCCAGGCUUUGCAAGAUCUGUAGCGCUUGGAUUCGCUGUUGUAAUUCUUGUGUGUGUUUUGUUUCAAUCAUGACCGUGCGGUGCAGGUCAAGCUGUUUCGAAGAGAUUGCGUUCAAUUUUUGGUCAGACCGGACCUACAGCCUACAUUAAGCAAGCAUCUCUUGCCAGUCCACAAACACAGAGCGCCGCAACUCGCCCGGCAUGUGGGAGGUCGUGGUGGCUUUGCGCUUGUGGUUGCCAGGCUGAUGUGCGUCCUUUCCUGCAGGCGUAGCAGAGGACUUGCUUAUGAUCGAGAUGGUCUCCAGCUACGUGACCUCGACCUUCAGCCAGAAAGAUGUGCGAGGGAUUCGAAAGCCAGUCCGGAGAAGAUUCACGUUCGUGUGGCGCUCAAGGAAGCAGCGACAACGCCGGCCUGCGGCUUCAGCGAUAGUCCCCACUUUGGUUUGAGGCACCACGGAAGACCACGUUAGACGUAGAGGCGGAGAGGCUGGAGAGCAGUCGCAGCAGGAUAUAGAGGCUGAGGGACUUGGAGGCGUGUGGCGAUAUAUUGAGACCCUGCUGCCGCUGCCCUCCAUAUAGUAAGUAUAUAAUAAGAAUGUAUAUAUACUUCACUGCUAAUAUUUCGCCUACACAAUUAGAAAACCCAAUUUCCUUUGAAGAGCUUAUUUUGUAGAAAACGUGUCCUAGCUCAAAAAAUGGGCGCGGUCAUUCUAUAGCAAAAGCCGGCCAACAGGCACCUCCAUUCUAUAGUCAUAAAAAAAAAUUGUGUUUGGGUGUGACGAAUGACCCUAGAAACAUAUGGUUGGUAAAAUGUUUUGCCGUCCACUGUUUUAUAUUUUGUACAGGAAGAGGGCUGAGUCGGUUCGGAAUGCGUGUCAGAGGCAUUGAACCUACUGAAACCAAUUUUGGCCUGAUUUUCUUCUACAAAAUGCUUGUUCCACAAACCCCUUCUGGGACAAGAACCAAAGAGACAUUCUUUAAGAAACCCCCUGUCCACAAGUCCAAUGGACGAAAUCCUAAGGCUAUACAGUA